AUGCUCUCGAGCUACUGCUACUUCUUUUCCUCCCACUCCUCGUCGUCCCCUGUCGAUCCUGAACCCGCCUCCUCCACUCCGCGUGACCGACGCCCCCUUCAUACCUUUGCAGAGGCUGCACAGAGCUCAGACGCCGAUAGCAAGCGCUCCAGUCGCACUUGGGCCGACGCCGACAAAUACAUUCGAUCUACGGUCUCAGACAUCUCCGCCUCGCUCAACUCUCGCCUCGAGUCCGUCUCCUCUUAUCUCUGCGACGCAAGCCUGCCGUCUCACAACGUGCUCUCAAACUUAUCUCUUCCCAGCGUAUCCUCGUGGUUCGCGCCUUCGUCUUCGGAGCCUGCUCAGAGCAAGCUGCCAUCAGCGCCCGUGCAAUCUCCGGCUAGAAGCCCUCGUCCUUUGCUGCAGCCGCAACAGCCGCAGGAAGAGUCGGAGCUCACCAAAGGCAAGACCACCUUCACUUUUGUCCUCUUCGGUGCCGCAUCUAGUGCCGCCGUUUACCUCCUCGUCCGCAACCGACGCACCAUGAAUCGCCUUCAGGCUGCCAAGAGCCUUGCGUACCGAGAUGCGCGCGCUUGGCGCCGUGUAGCCCUCGACUUUGCCAGGAUCAAUGCGCUGGCUGCAGGUCGUGUCCAGAACAUUGUCGCGGCGUCACUUCGGGAUGGCCAGGCGGGCAAAGACAUCGGACGACAGAUCGAGCGCGAGCUGCAGGAGGCUAGUCGAGCCGUAGCGCAGCGCCGCAACUGGAUCCGCGAACAAGACGCCAAAGAGGCUUCCCUUGCCGAUUCUUCCUCCCAUGGCAGCCUGGCCGAAGUCUGGGGCGAUAUUUUUGAUCUUGAGCGUUCCGGCUUCUUCUUUGGCUCACGCACGGGGCGUCGAAGCGCGGAAGAUGCAAGCUUUGGUACUUGGCAGCCUGGUCGCAUGUCUCGCCACGACGAUGUCUCCCGGGCGUCCAGCGACCGUAACGCCUGUCAGUCAUCCGAGGGCUCUACGUCUUCGACUGCCACUUCGCACGAACCUCACGCCGCAGAAGAGGCGCCGGCUCAGCGCAGCGCAAAGCUCAAGUGGCAGAGAGUAGCCGGGCGUGCGGCUGCUGCCGCCGAAUCAUCAGCGGUUGAUGAGGCUGCCCACACGCUUGUGGCCAAAGAUCAGGCUUCAUCUGCCGAGACCGAGGAGGCCGGCGAGCUACGCGAAGAUUGGAUCGGCGAUGUGGACCGAGCGAUGCGCGAGCGCGACCUCAAGUGUUCGCAGGAGCACAAGCACGAUCUCGAUAAUGCGGUAGAAAGCGAGGAUCACCUUCUGCCCGUCUCGGAUCUGUACAUCGCCACGGACGGCCGUAUGCGCGAUGAGCCCGACGGUGCAAUCAUCCCCUCUGAGCUUCGUGCUGAACAGCCGAAGGGCCAGGAUGGCGCAAGGCCCUCCAGAAUGCAGGUAGAAAGCUCGGAUGUGUACGCAUAUCCGAUCUCGAACCAGUUCCGCGAUCUGGAGGACAUCUUCAUGGCGAGCUGGGACGACAGCUUCGCCGGCCUCACUUCUCCUGCGACAGAGAGCUCGGUCAAAGAGAAGCUGGUCGCUAAGGCAGUCAAGGCACGCCCCAACAGUGCCUUGUUCAAGAAGCUUCGGGCGGCCCGCGCGGCGACUGGGAAGGAGGCGAAUGUUCAGUCGGCCGAUGACAUUGAGUUCCUCGCCGAGCUCAUGUUUCCGCAAUCUGCGCCGCCCGUACACCCUGCACAGCAGCGACAGCCUGACGCGGACGGAAAGACCGCGCCUACUAGCCCGGCGGCCGUAGCCUCGCCUGCUGCUGCAACACUGAGCGAGACUGCGAGCGCAUCCGAGGUGCGGGUGCACGAGUUGACGGAGCAGCUGACAAAGAGGCAGUCGGAGCUGGAGGAGCACAAGAACAAGGUGCGCCAGCUGUCGGAGCGCGUGGAUGUGAUGCGGGACAUGUGCCACGAGCUGACGGACGAGGCGCAGAGGCGUGACAAGACGCACAAGAUCCAGAUCGAGCAGCUCGAGCACAAGAUCGGCCUUCUCACCGUCUGGGCGGACGAGGUGCAGCGCCGACUCGGUCUGGAUGCGCCGCCCUUCUUUGCGGCUCUGCGCAAGCCGCUCACGCGCCGCGAUUGA